AUACGCAGUGGACCCAGUGGUCGCCGAGACCCGGACAACACCAGAAGAACAGCGCUUUAGCCACUCUACAGGAGUAUUCCUGUACAUCGUUGUUCGCUAGAUGCACAGAUAUUGAAAGUGGGCGGAUCUUCGCGCUGCGUUCAUUGAUAUGCUACGAUGAACACAUACCAGGCUGCCAUGUCUUGCUCCGGUUAUGACGCUUUGGUUGUGGCCCCCAUUCGACACUGUGAGAUCGGACUCGGAGAGUUUCGCAAACAUGUAUGCUGGAAACCCUCCGGACGGCAUGGUGCAAGGACUCUCAAACAAAGCUGUGACCUCGGGAUAACUAUUACAGGUACAAUUCAUUUUGCACGUGCUUGAAGAAUAUGAAUUCCUCCGGCCGAAAUGCUCUUCGGCGGACGGCUUGUGAUUGUUGUCGCCAACAACGACUCAAGUGCUUGCGUGACGAGAACCAGGCCAACUGUCAACGAUGUAUCCGUCUGGGGAAGCCCUGUCAGAUGGCAGCGACAAGACGUCCCGGUCGGCCAAGAAAAUCGCGACAGAAUCCUCCAGCUGCUGCUUCAAGCGUCAUAAGGCCUACGACGCCAGAAUCGGUUCCUGGCACCGACCAGGCAAUGCCGUCAAGUCUCGCACUUGAUGACAUUAGCAGCAUUGUCCCAAAUCUGCUUGAGCAGGAUAACGUCCAUGAUGGCUUGGACGUGGUUAGGAUCCGGACCAAUAACGACUUUAGGAAUAUCGACAUCUUCAACCCUCUCGCCAGUUCUGUACACGGAGCAACACCAGGGACCAUGAAACAGAUGUAUCCCGUGCUGGACAUGCAUCAAUGUCUCAAAGACCUGUCAGAAAUUAACAUCGAGCUACAUGCACAGUGGAUCGAAGCCAGGCGCAGGUGGGUUGACACGAGGUCAUUACCCGACCUCUGCCCCAAUCCUACAUACGUGGACGUGUGUAGCUAUGCAUUCGCAGAAAGGACACUCGCAUCAUUUCAGAAAUUCUACGAUGCCAUCAACAACGUGGAAUGGAUUAUCCGCAAGCAUGCCCCAGGCCGUGACACCAGUGAUAUAUUCGACAUGGAGAGCAAUGCCGAAAUUCAUGGGGAGGCGUUGGGUCUGUUUACUGCCACGGCGUUGACGGAAAGGUGCUGGGAGAAAUUGUUCUCAAGGCCGUCUCGCUCUAGUUCGACAUCAAGACCAACUACGCCCGCGACUGCGCUUGUCAAGGUGAUUAUCAACUGUUAUGUACAGCUUAUCAGCAUUCUCACGAUGAUGUGCGCGAAGAUUCUGAACAAUCUGAAAUAUCUCAAGAGCAACGAGGCAGUUGAUAUCAACUCGGUCCGUUUCUUCCAAAUUGGCAGCCUCUGCGUAUGGGACGCACGGCUUGAGGGAUUGAUGUUUUGCACCAUGAUUAUACAUUACCUCGAUCGGAGCCAGAGGAUAUUAGGCCUGCUACCAGGGCACAGACGCCAAAGCGUUCAGGUUCAGUGUCCGCUACUCGACCGCCCGCAAUAUCGCGAUUUGUUGGAGAAGGAGCUCGAGAGCGUAGAUAGCAGUGGCGGGCCCAGUCCCGAGAAGAUCAGAGAUGUUGUUGAGGACUUGCGAAGGGCUUUAGAGGCGGACCCUUCAUGGUAAUGAACCCAAGGACAUGGUUGCAGGCCAUCAGGAAUCAUUGACUGCCUCUUAAACAACAUGCGCACUUGCCUUGAUCUCACAUGCGAGCAUUCGUCCGAUUAAACAGAAGUAGUCUUCUCAUAUAUUCAUCUUCAACACUAAAGAUGUGGGUUUUGAGAUCUGACGAGGCCUCUGAGAGAGACUCUCGUUUCUGAGUUGACACUGUGUUGAAAAGGAGCUUCACAUG